AGUGCUUUGAGUCGCGGUGUGAAGGCCAAAGCGCGUUGCGAGUUUCACCGCAACCGGACUCGUACGGGUCAGUUCGGGGUGCGCGGGCAGGGCAGCCAGCGCCGUUCAAUGGCCGCCGCGCUUUACCUCCCGGCGAACCCAAAUCCUCUGCCUAACCCCACCUCAACCCUCCGCCAGCCGCUGCCGCGGCCUUCCACUUCCGGCGAGCUCCACUUCCGUCCCCGCCUGGUGCCCCGUCGUGCCCGCGCUCGAACCCAUCUCCCAGCCGCGUUCGGGAGGGAACCCCCCGCGGCGGCUGCGGCCGAGCGCGCAGGGAGGGACCACUACGCCACGCUGAACGUCCGCCGCGACGCCACCCUGAAGGAGGUCAAGAGCGCCUACCGCACCCUCGCGCGCAAGUACCACCCAGAUAUGAACAAGAGCCCUGGGGCAGAAGAAAAAUUUAAGGAGAUAAGUGCUGCAUACGAGGUUCUGUCGGACAAAGAAAAAAGAUCUUUGUAUGAUCGGUUUGGAGAAACAGGACUUCAUGCAGAUUAUGGAGGUGGAGAUUUCAGUGCACAUGGGGUUGAUCCAUAUGAACUCUUCAAUGCAUUCUUUGGUAGUUCUAACAAGUUCUUUGGAGAUAGCAUGGGUCCAGGGCGAUUUCAUUACAGUUCAAAUGUCAAGGAUAACAGGGGACUUGAUAUUCACUGUGAUCUUCUCCUUCCUUUUGAAGAAUCAAUCCUUGGAGUUAAACGGGAGAUCAAUAUUUCUCGACAUGAAACAUGUGGCGCUUGCCAUGGAUCUGGAGCUAAAUCUAGCAAUAGCAUAACAGAAUGUACACAAUGCAGAGGUCAAGGCAGGUCGAUGAAAUCUCAGAGGACACCUUUUGGUAUAGUAUCUCAGAUAUCUUCUUGCUUAAAUUGUGGUGGUAGUGGGAAGAUAAUUACUGAACAUUGCACAAGCUGUUAUGGUUCAGGCAAAGUCCAAGUUGAACGAAGUAUAAAAGUAGACAUACCGGGAGGUAUUGAGGAUGGCUCAGCCAUUCGACUUACCGGAGGAGGUAGUUUUGAUAAGAAAAGGGGUGUAAGUGGUGACUUGUAUAUAUUUGUUCGUGUUGAAGAAAAACAAGGCAUCCACAGAGAAGGUCUCAAUCUGUGUUCAGAUGUCACGAUUGAUUACACUGAUGCAAUUUUAGGAACAACGGUGAAGGUUGAGACAAUAGAGGGAUUGAAGGAUCUUUAUAUUCCUCCUGGAACUCAGCCUGGGGAGAAGCUGAAGUUUGCGCAACUGGGAGUUCCGGACAUUAAGAGGCCUAACCAUAGAGGCGAUCACAACUUUGUGGUAAAGGUGAAGAUCCCAAGGAAUAUCAGUGACCAGGCACGUUCACUUGUUGAAGAUCUUGCCGCGCUAAAGGGAACUCGGGGCAUUUCAGUUCCUAGUGAUGAAACUAUAGACCGAGGAAACUUGAGAGACGGAAGCUAUCAUUCUUCGGCAAGGAAGAAAACAUCGUUUUGGGGGUCUGUCAGGAAUCUGUUCAGGGGUGAUGAAGGGGAUCAGAGAUUUGCCUCAAUCAGUGCACAAUCUGUUAUUCCACGGUGGACUUAUCAACGCGGAAUCCAGCCUGCUGCCCCGCUGUUAGAAGGAUGCUUCAUGAUGGCAGCACUCGUCUUCGUGAUAUUCAGAAGGGGCAAAUUCAGGCUUUGCCCAAAGGGGGAUGAUCGCACAACCAAAACCUGAAAAUGGAUAGUGGAGUUGGUAGUGAUGUGCGUUGGAUGAUAAUAGGGUAAUAGAUCGGAAUCCGGUCGCACAAUCUGUUUCUCGGACAGAUUGGCGAUCAUAUUGCUUGCACCCCGCCAGUUUUGUUCUGUUUUUGUGUGAAGAAGCAGGGACAACAUCAGUGAUCAUAGAAUAUCACAUUUGUAGUGCUACUAGACUAGUGCUCAUGACUUGAACAGGUUACAAUAUGUGAUGGAAAAUACCUACAAUUUUAAAGUA